AUGGAAUCAACAGGUGUAUAGAGAAUGGACAAAAGGAGUGGAUGAUGCAUGUAGCUUCAAUUUGAAACAGCCCCUUCUGACAAGAAGUGAUGAAACUAACUUGAUUGCUGUCAAUUUUGAUCCUCAGCUUGUUGCUGUUCUUCGUGAAGUCAAAUAUUUGAAAAUACGAGAGAAGGAGGAAAUCCCCAGCAGUGCCAAGGUCAUGUAUUCUCAAAAUGAUACUUUCAGAAAAUAUGUUGCCAACCUUGACCUUACAGUUCAGUGGUAUAACAAGGUACGGACAACCAUAUUGGAAGUUGAGUAUCCAUUGAUUGAAGGCCAGUUGGUAGACAUUGACAGGCAGCUUCAACGUGCAGAGAAACUCUUAAACUGGGGAAGUGAUGGUGUGUGGGAGUACAUAGAACAAACAAGAGACCAUGUCUAUGAUCUGGAGACCCGGGUUCAAAAGUCCAAAGACAAUGUGGAGGAGAUUAAAAGAAUUAUGACUACAUGGUCCAAGACUCCACUGUUUGAAAGGAAAGAUGAGAAAUAUGACUGUCUGUUACAAGUAGAUGACAGACCUGAAAGAAUCAACAAAAGAUAUGCUGACAUCAAGUUAGCUGGGGAUAACAUACACAGCCUGGUCAAGCAAAAUCUGGAGUACUUAAAAGCUGAUGUCAACAGUGAUAUUUGGAAGGCUUAUGUGGAUUACAUUGAUGAAAUGGUUGUGGAUGGUUUCUUUAACACCAUUCGUUGCAGCCUUCAGUUCAUGCUGAACAACACAGAUCCUAAGCUGAACCUAGGAUCACUUUUUGAGGCCAAGCUGGAGCUCCGUGUGCCUGAGAUGGUUUUUGUGCCUUCUCUGGACUUUGGUGUAGCUGAUGGCUUUUAUGAUGAAGUUGAUGGUUUGGUUGGAGAUGUGUACAAACAAGCCUCUCUGAUCUCACGACUAGCAGAGCAUUCAGGACAGCAGCAUUACCAGCCUGAUCUCGAAGACAUGGAAGAGUUGAGUGAGAUGCGUCAGGAACUUAUGGAUAGGGUUCAAAACAUCAUGAACAAGGCAAAUGAGUACAGAAAUUCAUUUGAUAACUAUGCCUAUUUGUGGGUGGAUGAUCGGAAUGAGUUUAUGAGACAAUUCUUGCUCUACAACCAUGUUCUUACAACUGAGGAGAUUGAAGCUCAUGCUGAUGAGGGGGUGCCAGAAAGUCCGCCAACACUGGCUCAGUUCAAAGAGCAGAUUGACACGUAUGAAAAGAUAUAUGAUGAGGCACUGCGCAUUCAAGACACUGAGAUUUUUGACAGCUGGUUCAGGGUGGAUGCAAAACCAUUUAAGAUGUCACUUCUGAACAUCAUCAAGCGCUGGAGCUUCAUGUUCAAACAACAUCUGAUUGACCAUGUUACCAACAGCCUGAACAACCUGAAAGCAUUUAUCAAGACAACUGAUGCUGGCCUUCAAAGGGAAGUCAAGGAAGGAGAUUACCAGGGACUUGUCGAGGUCAUGGGUCACCUGUUUGCUGUGAGAGAAAGACAGCAAUCAACUGAUGAAAUGUUUGAACCAUUAAAGCAAACAAUUGAACUGCUGAAGACUUAUAACCAGGAGAUGCCAGAAGAAGUUCAUGCACAGUUACAAGAACUGCCAGAACAAUGGACCAACACCAAAAAGAUUGCCAUUACUGUCAAGCAACAGGUGGCACCACUGCAGGCUAAUGAAGUUACAAAUAUUCGCAGAAAAAGUGCAGCCUUUGACACAAGUCAGAUCAUAUUCCGCGAAAACUUCAGAAACAUCCCACCAUUCAAAUAUGACUGUGACAAGCCUUAUGAAUACCUUGAUAUGUAUCAUGAAGAAAUCAAAAAGAUGGAACAAAAGAUGGCAGCAAUGAUAGAAUCUGCUGGACUGUUUGAGGUUAGCAUUCCAGACUUCAAACAACUCAAACAAUGCCGCAAGGAACUCAGAAUGCUGAAAACACUUUGGGAUUACGUCACCAUUGUUCGGAGCAGUAUCAAUGACUGGAAGACAACUCCAUGGAAGGAGAUUAAUGUGGAGCAGAUGGACCUAGACUGUAAGAAGUUUGCCAAGGAUAUUAGAACUCUUGAUAAGGAAAUGAGAUCUUGGGAUGUGUUCAUUGGACUGGAGAAUGUGGUAAAGAACAUGCUGACAUCACUGAGAGCUGUGAGUGAACUGCAGAACCCAGCUAUCAGAGACAGACACUGGCAGCAACUGAUGGUAGCUACAAAG